UGGCGUUUAUUUUUGUAUGCUAAAAGUUAGCUGCAUAUAAAUAUACAAAAUUCUGGUAUUUUCAAUAAGUUAAAAUAUAAUUCAACCGUUGGAGGCUGUGUUGUGUGUCAUAUGCGUCCAGUAUGAGUGGGGGUUUGGCACCAAGCAAAAGCACUGUGUAUGUGUCCAACCUGCCAUUCUCUCUGACCAACAAUGACCUACACAAGCUAUUCACCAAAUAUGGAAAGGUUGUGAAGGUCACAAUUGUAAAAGAUAAAGACACUCGCCAGAGUAAAGGGGUGGCGUUUGUUCUGUUCCUGGACAGAGAAUCAGCUCAUAACUGUGCAAGAGCAGUGAACAACAAACAGUUGUUUGGCAGAACAGUGAAAGCGAGCAUUGCUAUAGACAACGGGCGAGCAACAGAGUUCAUAAGAAGACGGAACUACACAGACAAGAGUAGAUGUUACGAAUGUGGGGACACAGGUCAUCUGAGCUAUGCGUGCCCCAAAAACAUUCUGGGAGAGAGGGAACCUCCAAAGAAGAAAGAAAAGAAAAAGAAGAACAGGCCUCAACAACCUGAGCAUGUUGAAGAAGAAGAAGAAAGUGAAGAAGAAGGAGAGGACCCAAAAUUAGACAGUCUGAGCCAAGCCAUAGCUUUUCAGCAAGCCUGUAUUGACGAAGAGGAGACGCAGAGGAAACAGACCCGUUUGUCUCAAGGGGACGGUGCUCAGGCGUCAACAUCCUCGGACUCUAAGAAACCAAGGAUUAAAAAAAGCGCAUACUUCAGUGAUGAGGAGGAGCUUAGUGACUAAUAUACACAGUUUGGACCUAAUUUUUUUUGUGAAAUAAUGCUUUAUUUUUGUAAGCAGUAUUGCGUUAUUGUGGGGAUAUUAAACAUGCUUUCAUGUACAGUGAUAAAGUUUGAUUUUUUUUGUACAUAGAACCAUGACAUUUUUGUGUUUCUAGACAUACUGUGUAGUUUCUCUUUGGUUGAUUGUGUGUUUGUUUUUUUUAUGUCAAUAAAUAUACAUUGUUUCUUGAUGAUAUACUUAAUAUCAAUUAUUGGAUGCUCUAUUGUUCAAUGCAGAAUCAGAUAAAGAGUGUGAAAGAAAUACAAGGUUAUGUAAAGUUGCAGUUGAUGCUGAAAUAUCUUUUUUUAAUCAUUGAUCAAUUUACUGGUUGGAUUACUAUUUUUUAAAACGUAUGACUUAAUUUCAUAGCCGUGCAUUUAAGGGGGGC